AUGAAUGUGAUAACUCUCUCUGCAACUGACUUUCCCAUCAAGUCUGUGAAGAUAUUCAACUCCCAGGUUGACGUAGCUGAGGUUACUCGUGUUUUCCCCCUCGACUUAACCCAGUCUUCGAAUGUGUCGCAGGCCAUUGAGAUUUCAAACCUUCCCAUCCUGUGUUCGCCGUAUUAUGGAGUUCGGGCAUCCGUGACUAUUGGUUCAGAUGAUCUGCUGGUCAUGGAUUACUACCACAGCUCAUCCGACUAUAAACCAAACGUGCCAUUUGGCUAUCAGCGCGAACUUAAUCCUGUCAGUAGUGAUGUUCUUCGUGGUCUCCAGGCCGAGUAUACGCGCUUAGGGGACGAGCGUCAACUAAGGCAAGAAAGUUUCACCUUCCUGUCGACGUACAUGAAUUCCCUUGCCAAGGGAGAUACUCUGGCAGGCGGGGCGGAACCUGCACAACUCGUCAAGUUAUUCGAUGAGUUUGUAGACAUUGGCAAGAGUCGAUCCGAAGUUAUUGCGGUGCUUGACCAGCAGAUCAAGGAUAUUCAGAAGGAGAUAGCUAAAGAAACACAGCGACUUCUCCUCAAGUCCCAGUCCCUGACGACAAAAGCCACUGUUAUUCUUGCACCAGUUUCUGGCCGCACCGCUACGACCGCUGAGCUGGAACUGAAGUACAGGGUUAGCGCUACCUGGAAGCCAGUAUACGAAAUACAUGUCACAACCAUCGACGGUGCCCCUUCUUCAUCAGUCGUUCUCACUUAUCGAUGCCAAAUCUCUCAGUCUACCGGGGAGAAUUGGGACAAUGUGGAGCUUGCAGUGACAACAGCCAAGCCCCGUGUUCCUUCAGUAGGACUACCUGAGCCGAAGAAGAUGGAGAUAAGGCAACAAGGGUCCUUGUUUCAGUCUGACGCCUACCAUCAACCGGCGGUCAGGGCCCAAGUUACUCCAUUCUGGAACGCCCCGGUACAUGCUUCACCUUUUGGAAAUAUUCCGUCCUCGACAGUAUUUGGAAGCUUUCAGAGUGUUCCUCACCAAGCAGACCCCAGCCAAGGUUCAACCGGGGCCGCGCAGGGACCUGCAGCGGACAACGUGUUCGGAGCUUUUGGGGGGAAAUCUACCUCCGCGGCUGGGGGUUCCUUUGGAGCUUUACAGGGACAACCCACUGCCACAACUCAGGGUCUCUUUGGAUCUACUCUAGUGCAAUCAAGUACACUAGCAGGUCAAACUUCCUCAACGAUUGUGCCAUCAUCGCCACAUCCAUCCACUGCGCGGAACUCAAGUGUGUUGAGUUUUGGCGGGGGUGCCACCACAGAGAGCACCCUUGGCUUCAAUAAACCAACACCAAACUUGCAGCAGUCUCAGCCAUUGAAUAUCUUUCCCGCUUCAGCGCAGCCAUCAGAACGCACAGUGUUAGGAGAGCUCGACAAAGCCAUUACUCACAUAGCGACUUCAAAAGUGUUUAUUCCAGGUCGUACAGCGGGGGAGAUCCAUCACGUUCUCAUAGCAACCAUUCCAUUGAAAGCGUUAUUUACAAGAGUCGCAGUACCGAGCGUUGAUAACCGCGUCUUUUGGACUUGCGAAAUUUCGAAUACCAGCGACUAUGUACUAACUCCGGGCAUUAUUCACACUUACCUGGAUGGAAAACACAUUUCUGACAGCGACAUCACGAGUGUCGACCGACCACAAACUAUCCAAUGUUCUCUUGGUAUUGACCCCGCGGUGACCACCCAGUUCAAUCGCGCUGUCAACUCACUACCCGACUUCACCGUGCUAAACGGUAAGGCGAUUACGACGCAUACUAUCACAACCACCAUCAAAAAUACGCACCACGAGCCCGUCAGCAAUGUCGUCAUUCGCACAUCUCUGCCGCUUCCUGCAGACCCUCGUGUUACAGUCACAUUGCAAGAGCCCGAAGGCCUUGCUGACAUCGACUCGGGCAAGGUGCUGGUAGGAGAUGGGUGUUAUGCGAGGUGGUCAACCACUGGAGGCCGUGCGGGAAAGAAUGAUGGACUGUUUGAGUGGGUGUGCAGUAGCGUCAAACCCGGUUCACAGGUGUUGAAAGCAGAGUGGCACGUGACUGCUCCUCGCGGACUCAAUGUCACAGAACACUAG